AUGACAGAAUAUUUUAUGAUACUAUUGCUUUUAUGGCAGAUUAGGCAAAGAGAACAAACACAUAUAUUUCCUGGAUGGCAAUUAAAUAGUUCUGCAGUGAGAGUUUCAGAUUGCUCGUUCGGUAAAGACAUUAAUAACUGUUACGAUAAAAUUUACACAAACUUUGUUAUCAAAAAUUCAAAACAAAACUUUUUAUUAUUAUUUUGGUUGAUGCUGUUCAGUUCGGGAGUUUCGAAGGAUGAGUAA